UUAGUUACUAUUCAAAGUUUCAAAACCAUGGUCAGUCCAAAAACUGCGCAGCCGGAUAAUAAUCUCGCUGGUUCCAAUGUCAGCAAUGUCAAUCUGAUCAAGCCUUCUAGUACGAAAUUAAAAACCACAGAACCAGAAACUAACGGGCAGACUACCAUUCGAUCACCUGUAUCAGCAUCACAAAAAGAACUCAUAAAUAAUAUCGAGGAAACUGAAAAAGUUUCUCAGGAAAACGACCCUCCAAAAAAAACACCGCCUUCUCCUGCGCCAAUACCACCUGUAAAUAUUUGGCAGGUGAGAAAGGAAGCCAUGAACGCAAAAAAAGGAACUGAAACUUCCAACCUUAACGACAAAGAAGCUGUGGCCGAUAUCAAAAAAGUUGAAAAUCCUAUUAUUGAUCAACAAGAACCUUCGGAUGAUAUUAAAAGAAUCGUUAAAAAAGAAUCAAAGAAACAAAAACCUCCUCCAAUAUUACCCCCAUUAGAAGAUCAAAACAGUUGGCCGGCUCCUGCAGAAGUUUUGAUCAAAGACAAAGAAAAGGAGCAAACUGAAACUACCGAUAAGAAGCAAUCCAUUGAUAUCGGAACAAAAGAUAGUCCAAGAAGAGGUAAAGGUAAAUGGAUUAAGUAUACACCAAUAAUCACACAUAAUGCACCAUUACCAAAUCAUGAGAGGUCAAAACCUCGGCGCCGUAGUGAAGACCAUGCUGGACUUCGUGAACGCAAAACUAACGAAAAGGUCAUAAGUCCUGAAGUGGAAACACCAACGGUGCAAAAUAAUAAUCAUACAAAUAGACGUCGUGCAAGUGUACCUCCUCCAUCUAGAGAAUAUGGUCGUCGUUAUUCACAACAUGGUGACAACAAUGUCGGCCAUCAUUCACAUUCUAAUGGUGGACCUCCAUUUCGAGGAGGUCGUAGGGGAGGAAGAGGCCGAUCUUACAAUGGCACACGCGGGCCUCCUCGUUCGGUAACUUUACCUUAUGCAUCAACAACGGGAUACGUUCAACAGUACGUCAGUGUAUAUGGAAAAAUUGGCUAUGACUUAGAAAUUUUGAAAUAUUACAUUUUACAACAAAUUAUUAUUUCAGUAUUGACAACCUUUGCAAGGAUAUAUUUUUACGAAAUAAUGCAAAUGGAUUCAGAGGGCUAUGUACCAAUUGUUUUAUUAGCAGGAUUUAAUCGGGUGAAAGCUUUGACGUUGGACAUGGAUCUAGUUCGUGAGGCAUUACUUAAUAGUUAUAUUGUUGAGGUUAAUGAAGAUAAAGUCAGAAAACGCGAGGGGUGGGAAUCUUGGUUACUACCAAAAGUAGGGAUUAGAAAAUAA